CGCUCUACGACUUCUCCAGACUGGCUGUGUCGGCAUGAAGACUGUACAUAGCAGCGAGCCUUCCGACCUCGUCUAUGACACCGCGCUGGUCUUCUGGCGCAUUGUCACCAAUAUCUUCUUCCGCGAAAUCCGACCCCGGGGCGCGUUCAACAUUCCCCGCGAGGGCCCCGUCAUAUUCGUUGCCGCACCGCACAAUAACCAGUUCCUCGACCCGCUGCUCCUGUACCAGCAGGUGCACCGGGAAACACACCGUCAUGUGCGCUCCCUGAUUGCCGCGAAGAGUAUGAAGAGGAAGUUCAUAGGGUUCUUCGCUGGGCUCAUGGCGAGUAUCCCCGUGGUGCGCGCCGCUGAUGAUGCGAAGGCGGGCACCGGUGAAAUCACAAUAUCCGAAGAGGACCCCUGCUUGAUUAUCGGACACGGCACUCGCUUCACGACCGAGUUCAAGCCCAGGAUGCAGAUCCUGCUGCCUAAAAGCGUAGGCUCCAACGUCGCCGAAGUUGUGGAAAUCAUCUCAGAUACGCAACUGAGAAUUCGGAAAGAGUUCUCCGGGACCGCGCGGUUGCGAGAGCGGACCAAGGAGCUCCAGGCGUCCGGGAAGAACGGCUUCUCUUUUCAGUGUCUCCCGUUCGUCGACCAGCACCAAAUGUACCAGCAUGUGUACCAGAGCCUCACGGACGGGGGCGCCAUCUGCAUCUUCCCGGAAGGCGGCAGCCACGACCGGACGGACCUCCUCCCCCUGAAAGCCGGCGUGUCUCUCAUGGCGUUGGGGGCAAUGGCGAACAACCCUGACGUGCGAGUCAAGAUUGUACCGGUCGGCUUGUCUUACUUCCAUGCGCAUCGCUUCAGGUCUCGGGCGGUCAUUGAGUUCGGGUCCCCGCUCGAUGUUCCGCCAGAAUUCGUCGAGAUGUUCAAGCAGGGCGGGGAGAAGAAGCGGGAGGCGGUUGGCAAGUUUUUGGACGUGAUUUACGACGCGCUCAAGACAGUUACGUUGAGGGCACCAGAUUAUGACACACUCAUGCUCAUCCAAGCCGCCCGGCGACUGUAUAAAACACCGGGGCAGCACUUGACACUGGGCCAGGUUGUGGAGUUGAACAAACGCUUCCUCCAGGGUUACCUUCACUUCAAAGAUGAGCCAAAAGUACAGAAGCUGCGCGAGGAUGUGCUGAAGUACAACCGUCUCCUCCGAGAUUUGGGUCUGCGGGAUCACCAGGUUCCGAAGGCACAGAAGGCAGGGUGGAAGACCUUCGGUCUGCUCUCGUAUCGUCUUAUCCUGUUGACCGUCUGGGCUGGGCUUGCACUCCCUGGAGUUAUUCUCAACGGUCCUAUUUUCGUCACUGCGUCCAUCAUCUCGCGGAAUAAAGCUAAAGAGGCCCUUGCAGCGUCCCAAGUCAAGAUCGCCGGUCGCGACGUGUUGGCGACAUGGAAGAUUCUCGUCGCUCUCGGCGUCACGCCAGUUCUGUAUUCAUUCUACGCCAUACUUGCGGCGGUGGUCGCGACCAAGGCGGGCGCCCCUCUGAAGUGGAGGAUCUGGACGCCCUUCAUCAUCCUGAUGAUACUGCCAAUGGUAGGAUACGCCGCGCUCAAGUUUGGUGAAGCUGGUAUGGACGUUCUGAAGUCAUUGCGACCACUGGUUGUUGCCCUGUUCCCGGGUCAACAGCGCUCGCUCGGAAAGCUCAAGCGGAUGAGAGAGGACGUCGCGAACGAACUUGCGGAGGUAAUUAACGAGUUUGGGCCGAAGGUCUUCGAGGACUUCGACCAGAUGCGCAUUCUCGUACCAUCCGCGACCGCUCCCCCAUCGUCCGGUCAGCCCGGCAUCUGGCGGCGAAAGAGCGCCACGGGUGGUGUGGACGCCCAAGGCAAUCUCCUCUCACAUCCUAUGACUUGGCUUGACGAACGCCUGUUCGGCUGGAGUCGCAGUGCAAACCGCGGGACGAGCGCAUGGGCCGGCGGAGGCACGCGUAGCCAGGAGAUCAGCCGCUCCGCGACGCCCGACUUGUCCGACGAAGAGGACGAGCCGGACUAUGACAACCUCAUCGUGCCUUCGGCGGAGGGGAGCACGCUCGCGUCGAAUCCGCGCAGCCAACGGAGCUCGUACGCGGACAUCACGCGCCUGCGCCGCACGUCGAGCGCCGCGAACACGCACGCGCUCGGCUUCACGCCCACGUCGCCGACCGCCAAUGCGACCGGGGAGCAUAGCGCGGACUUGGACGGGCUGCACUUCCGCGGGCAGGGCAGGGCGCGAAAGGCGAGCCUGUCGGACGGCGUGCCCGUGGAGAUCAUUGGACAGGCGGACAGGGCGGAGCCGUUCACGGAGAUGACGCAGGACUUGAACUCGGAGAUGCGGAAACGCAAGUCGAGCCAGGAUCGUGCGUAAUGACAGGAAGCAGUAGGGGUGCAAUGAAUAUGAGUUUGGAUGCAGGUGGACGAUGGCUGGGACCAAAAACUUUUUAUCAGUCUGUGGGAUGACUUGAACAGUAUGUUUUUACUCGACCCGUUUCAUCUGGUAGUCCGACUUUCGAUGCUGUCGGUAGAUUUUCUAACAUGUGGGUGUACACGAACUCGGCUUAUACAUACGAGAACAACACCAAUUUGAGAGGC